AAAUAACAUUUCCAUAACCCUCCCCUGUAUAACGGGCUGAACUAAAUAGCGUAGAGAGAGAGAGAGAGACAGAGAGAGAUGGAGAGAGAGAGAGAGAGAGAGAGAGAGACAGAGAGAGAGAGGGGCAGGAUUAUUGUGAAAUAAAUUUCCAUAACCCUCCCCUGUAUAACGGGCUUGUCCCGUUCAGCGCAGAGCUUUAGUCUUGUCCACAGUGUCGCUGCUCGAAACAGCCAACCAGGGAGGAAAUCCAGCAGCAGUCAGGACUGUCUCUAUCUAUCAACAUGAUCAUCAUAAUAGAAGAUAAGGAGGGCUUUGACAAGGCCCUGGAGGAGGCAGGAGAUAAGCUGGUGGUUGUGGACUUCACAGCCACGUGGUGCGGCCCCUGUCAGAGCAUCGCUCCUUUCUUCAAGGGUCUGUCUGAGAAUUAUCAGAGUGUGGUCUUCCUGAAGGUUGACGUGGACGACGCGCCGGAUGUGGCCAGUUUCUGUGACAUCAAGUGUAUGCCAACAUUCCACUUCUACAAGAACCAGAAGAAGGUGGAGGAGUUCUCUGGGUCCAAUCAGGUCAAACUGGAGGAGCUGGUCAACACCCACAAAUAAACACCUGUCUGUCUCCUCUCCUCUCCUCUCUCUCACCUGUCUGUCUCCUCUCCUCUCUCUCACCUGUCUGUCUCCUCUCCUCUCUCUCACCUGUCUGUCUCCUCUCCUCUCCUCUCUCUCACCUGUCUGUCUCCUCUCCUCUCUCUCACCUGUCUGUCUCCUCUCCUUUCUCACCUGUCUGUCUCCUCUCCUCUCUCUCACCUGUCUGUCUCCUCUCCUUUCUCACCUGUCUGUCUCCUCUCCUCUCUCAAUUCACCUGAGGACACCCCAAAGCCUUCCACCCUCUCCUCAACUGAUUUGACAGGAUGCCUGAAUGCCUUCCACCCAAUCCUCCAUUUGUCCUCCCUCCAUCUGGAUA